AUGUCACACGCACGAAUUGAAGAGGUUGAGGAUAGCGACAAUGAAUAUGGCGCUAGUGAUCCAUCUGAAGGCGAUAUCUCAGAUGUGGCCUCGGAUUUCGAAGACCGCGAUAUUAUCAUGAAGAGGACACCAGCACAAUCAUCCACCAAACGCGCACCAGCCCCUAAUGUUCAAGCUUCUCGAAUGAAUCUCGCAGAUAUUCCAUUUUCCGGCUCUCAAAUUACUACCGGGGCAGAUGGCACACAAUUUCGCUCAACGGAAGAUAGCUCUAAAUACAGAGAUUUUCAAUGCAUUUAUCCGAUAUAUUUCGAUGCUACCAGAAGUCGAGCAGAAGGCAGAAGAGUAGGCAUGGAGCUAGCGGUCAAGAAUCCCGUCGCCCGAGAAAUUGUAGCUGCAUGCUCUAGACUUCGAAUCGAAACCUUAUUUGAGCCAGUCAAGACUCAUCCAAAGGAUUGGGCAAAUCCGGGUCGGGUUAAGGUUAAUAUCAAAGGAGGGGCCAACCCAGCUAUCAAGAACAAGCACCAUCUUUACACGUUAAUAGCGAAACACCUGAAGGACAAUCCUACCACGGAGAAAACGGCCAUGCAACCCCAACUGGCUGGCAUACCACCCCCUGAUCCUAGCAAACCAUUACCAAGACCUGCAAUACCGAAAGGAUGGAAGAUGGGAGAAAUAUUACCAUACUAUAGCGCGGCGUUAUCUGGUGGUGGUGUUAGUGAGAAUUUCUUUAAAGAUAUGAUGGCUGAAAUGGGAGGACAAAUGCCAGGAAUGGCCGGAAUGAUGGAUGGCCCAUCCAGUAGCCCAACCUCGGAUCCAAAGAAGAAGGAUAAGAAGAAGAAGAUCAAGGGCUGA